AAAAUGUCAGCUCCCACCAAAGACGAAUAAGUGCUAAUGACCAAAAUGAGGACAGUAAAGCGUUUAAAAAACAGAAAUAGAAUAUAACUUUUUUUACUACCGUAUUUAACGUGACACGGCUGUUAUCUACGUUAUUGAAUAUGUCAGACUCGAGUACAGGAACACGUCAGUUGACAACCCAGCAGUUGCAGCAAGUCGUAAAAAAAAGAAGUGGAUCAUUGCCAUUGUUUGGUCGUACUACUAGUACUACUACUACUAGUAGUAGUACUAGUACUACUGUCAGUGUCAGUACUGAUACAAUGUCAGCAAAACUGUUGGCGGCAGAUGAACUUGAGAAGCAAAAUCCGGUUUCUAGUUCUAAGCCACAUGGAAAGUUUACAAAAAAUGCACAGAAAAAUGUAUUGCGUCAUAUGACAUCUGCGACUGGUCCUCUUGGUGUGCUGAACAAGUGCGUUCAGGAACGAAUCCGAGUUAAAGUUUGGACGAGAAGCUACAACCACAUUCGUGGUAUAUGUACGGGGUACAUUGUUGCCUUUGACAAGCAUUGGAAUCUUGCCAUGGUAGAUGUUGACGAAGUAUAUAUCAAUCCUAUGGCACGUAAAAAAGCAGAGGAAGAGAUUGCAAAAAAGAUAAAGAGGCAGGACAAGAAGCGUAGACACAGAAGAGCAACACAGCAACCUGUGAAUCUGCUAUCACCAUGGAUUCCAGUAGAUGAUGCUUCUGCCACAUUAGCCUCCAAGCCGUCUGAUGAUCGUGAAGGAGUGGGAACUACUGACACCCUUGAUCACAUUGCAACAGCCUUUGGUGCUACUCUAACCAACCCUGUCAAUUCUGUAGAGGACCGAGACAUCUCCAAAAACAACGCAGCCAAGAAGCCGGUUGACGUAGAGCGUCCAAACCGAGAAGCGAAGCUGAAGGAGAAGGCUCGCGCCUACGUCUUGCGAAAUACAACAGAAACCUCGGCAGUAAAGAAGACAGCGUCUGACAAACCGGCACCUGUCGCGUGCAGCCAACACCGUCAGAAGCCAGAUAAAGAGGGUGUAUCUACGGUUGAGGCGAUUACGGUUGCUGUUCAGAAACAUUGCGAUCUCCCGUGCGUAGCUGGCAUAAAGGAAAUAGCCGGGUGUGGUACAGUCGUCGGUGACAGCAGCAGCAGCACGGUGGAUAUAAAUUGUAACACGGCGAGGGAGGGAAGUGUGGCCGUGAAUGGUCACGUCGUUUCGCGCGGUGACGAUGCAUUCGUUCAGCCGCGUACUGUUCCGCAAAAGCAUAAGCCCGUAGUCAUGGCGACAGAUUUGCUCGACUUUGCUUGCUCCGGGGCGACUUUGAAAUCGGAUGUCGAAUUAUCCGAGGCUUCAGAUCCAGAGCAUUAUGAUGAGAGUGCGGUGUUUGGGCUUAGUCCGAUUAAAGCCGCUGGUCGAUUGUUGCAGUCCGGGAUGACUCCUGAAAAGCUGGUAUGUGAUAGCGACAGCAGUGAUGACAUUUAUAACUUUCUGGGCCAUCGAUCAGAUCUCGUGACCCAAACACACUUUGCUCAUGACGUGAAACCGAUCGCAGUUGCUCAGAAUCCGAUAGAAUUCUCCGUAGGUAUUCCAGUGGAUUGUCUAGCGUCAGCGCAAACUGACACGCCGCCACAUCUGCAAUAUUCCAAACUGAACAAUGCUCAAAAACCAACAGACGGUCAUGCUAUCAUCACCGGCAGCGCAGCAUCAGGUAACGUCUCGCCAGGCUGCACGUCUGAUGGUAGCUCUCUUGUGAUCGACCUUCAGGCGAGUCCAGCCAAGUCUGCUAGCUCCUCGUCCGGUAAGGCUGAGGUCUCCGUCUUCACUACCACUGACACUCUAUCUCCAAUCACUGCCCAUCGUGAGCUCGCGGAGGAGAACCCGUCAGCUUCGCCACGAAGAAACCCCAACACGAAUCUACUCAUAUCCGCCGAGAAUUACAGCAGGUCUUUGUUGGGCGGCGUCGGCGGCGACGUACUGGUUCAGGCGGACCAGCAUCGCGAGGUACCGGCGUCGCGAGAGGAGAUCCCUGUGAGGCGGCGGACGCACGUUCUCUCUUGCACGCAGCGGCUCGCCGACGAAUCGCGCGGCGCGCAUCUCGGCGUCACGCGGGAGUACAGAGAGACGACGCUCGUCUGCAUGGCGAACGUCGGCGGCGGUGACGGCGUCACCGAGAGUGACACGGACAGCCGCAGCCAGGACACGACGCUCGACAGUAGCGGAUUGACACUUGACGGCCGGGUUGACGAUCUGACGAUGGAUCGAUCCAGCGGCGGCGCUCGCCCGGUCUUGUCGAACGACGACGGGCCGCGUUCUGCGGGCGGAGAACAAGAGAACAUCAUUCCAGGAGGCGAUCGUAUUGGUCGCGAGGCAGUCGAGAUGAAGGUGCCGCCCACAGGGGCGCCACCUGGUGGCAGCAUCGUGGCAGAUGCGCUGCAACCGCGGCAGCUCCACCGCGGCGCCAGCACCGACCGAUCGAAGCACGCAGGAGAAUGCCGACGGGACGUCACUGCGUGUCGCCGCGACGAUAACACCACCAACAAAAGAACGCCUUUGCGGACGACGAGCGUCGACAACGACGACGAUGCAGAAGAUGAGAUUCCGCAGCUUGAUGGCACCUCCGAUGAGAAGGGGAAGCCAGCGGACAAAUCGAAAGUCGCCGCAAAGCGCACGGGAAAAGAAGACGAGGGUAGAAGGAAACCAGAAAAGGAACUCGGCGAGAGAGACGGCGAGAGGAGGAAAUCAUCGGCGGGAGCCGCGAACAAGUUGUCGCCCGAGCGGAUGGACUGUGACAAUAUCGCGAGUGACGGUGGCGGUGACGUGCAGACGGGCGGAGUCUGUGAGGACGACGUGCUAGCGCUGUGCGUGAGCGAGAACGAGUGCAUCUCGGACACCGAGGGUUUCUCCGAUCGCACCCCGAAGAAACGCAACGUCGCGGAGCAGGCGAGCCGUCGUCGCCGGAGCAAGGUUCCGUCAGACGACGGUGAUCGUACGAGCGAACGAUCGAGUGAUUCCGGCGAUGGACGGCGACAUGGACGCGAUGACAUCAAGAUGGCAGCCGCGGCCGCGCCCGAUAGUUCGCGGGGUAGCCGCGAGGGUAGCAUCGCAUCCAGCUUUGGGAGUAUGCACACCCGCUCAGAGAGCAGUGGCGACGACAGCAUGAGCGAGGAAGCGUUGGAUGUAACCCUGGAAAGAACAGGCGAGUCGAAUGCUAGGGAUCGCUCGUCCGAAGGACCGGCUCGGACCAGAAUGGAAGCGAAAGUGCAAUCGGGCGCCAAGGAACGUGACGUGGGUUUGGGUGGGAGCAAGUCUGGCACAAAGUCGGCGUCUACCGCUGGCCAUCCCGGUAACAGUGGCUCUAAUAUUGGCUGUGAUGUGAACAUGAACAAGCAAGUGGACGAGAGCUUAUCCGAAGGUGAACUAUCGAGUUCGUCGGGUGACGAAAACACCACCUCCCAUGUCACUCGUGCUGACAGAGGGGCUGAGGUGGACUGCAGCAUCGCUAGUAAGUUCGACAAGGAAACGCCUGCCCGUGUUUCUACUCACACCAAAGACGAACGCAGUGACCGUCGUAAAGGAAAGCUACCAUCUACCAACAUGAAAGAGUCCCACACAGACAGCCACAAAGGAAAGCCUGCGUCUACUCCCACGGACAAUUCCCGCAGUGAAAGCCACAAAGCUAAGGCAGCAUCUACACACAGGGAUGACUAUCGCAGUAAAAGCCACGAAACCAAGGUGGCAUCUACUCACGCAGACAAUUCCCGCAGUGAAAGCCACAAAGCUAAGGCAGCGUCUACUCAUCGCAGAAAGCCGGCAGCUACGGAGCCUGCAGGGCGCACCGCUUCUGACGGCAAGCCACGAGCCAGAGGUACCGAGGCGAUGGUGAAGGCCGUCGAUGAGAUGCGUGAAGCCAACGAUCUUUCGGACGGCGAGCUCGCGGAGGAGGAGGAGAGUGAAGGCGAGGACCUCGACAAGCUCGCGAUGAAGCUGCAGAUGCUGCAGAAGGAGCUGCUGCUGCUCGCCGAGGAAGAGAAGCAGAAGAAGUCUGCCGUCGUCACGGCAACGACGAGCGAGUCGAGAGACGGCGGGGAGAGGCCGGUGUCGAGUCCGGUGCAAAAGUCUGGCGAUCUGGUCGAGGAGAAGCUGAACAGGGCUUCAUCAAACGACAGGAAAGCUUCAGGGCUCCCUGUGGUGAGUCGUCACAGCAGGGAUAUCACGUACCACGAAACAAGCUCUACCUCCUCAGGAAGCAAGGUGAAGGGGAAGCCAUCCAAGGAGGAUUUAAAGAAGAAGAAGAAGAAACACGAGCGAGGAACGGAAGCAGACACGGUCGAAAAACAACGAAGGCAUGCCGAAGGUGCUGGUGGCAACAGUUCGAGCGAAGUGAAAACGCGAUUGACGGAUGACAAGGAAAGGAACAGAGAUAAGCAAAAGAAGCAUACCACAACAGAUGAAACCAGCCGGAAAAGAAAGCUCGAAAGAUCCUCGGAUAAGCUCAGUCAUCCUGAAAAGCGGAGAAAGGCCAACAUCCACGAAGAGCACGAAAAGCCAGCGCCGACCCAACCUCUUGCGCAAAAAACCAAAGUUUUCCCGGAAAAGCCGAAGCUUAUUAAAGACUCGAAGCCAUCUGGCGAAAGUAGGAGAAACGCUCGAGACGAGGACCCAGCGAAGGAGCACAAGCGUGUAUCCUCCGCGGGGAAGCCCAGCGAGGAACGGCGAGUCACCGUCAGCAAGGUCGAAGUCGCGGCUGCAGACAAGAAAGCGAGAGACGACCGUGUGAGCAUCUCACGUUCCGUGAAGACAGAUACUGCAGACGCCGAGCGAAGGCAACGCUCACCCUCCGACCCCAGGUCAGACAAGUCAAAAUCGAGAUGGCAUCUUGAGUCGCGAGACGUCGAGACGAGGUCGCGAGACGUCGAGACGAAGUCGCGAGGCGCGGAAUCCCGGCUUGCCGAGCGGGAAAAAGGCGUCGAUAAGUCGCGGCGACGCGACGAGGGAGGCGCUGUGGCCGGUUCGCUGACUGGCAGACGAUCGUUAGCGGAGGAUGUAGUCGCAGCAUCGUUAGUGAAGCAGUCGAGCAGCAGACACAAGCCAGAGGCAAGCGGCGCCGAAAAAUCGGAAGCGAGCAGGAAAGCCGAGCCGACGUCGGAGAGAAGGAGGCGGGGUUCGGACGAGAGACCGCAGACGCGAGUCGUGGAGAGAGACAAAGCCGAUCGAAAGCGGGACGGGAAGGAAGUCGCGAGAGCCGACACGCAGAAGUACGCAGACUCGGGAAAGCCCAGAGACAAACGCCGGGAAGACGACCGGGUUCCGACGGGAUCGAACAAAGACCGAAGGGCGUCGUCCCAGACCGGAUCGCAAUCAGACGUCUCACAUCGCCGCUCUUCUGGCAAGCAGAGGGACAGAAGUUCGCAGGCGGGGUACUCCGACGACGAGAGCUCGCAUCAGAUGAGCUUCGUGGGACGACGCGUGUUUCACGAGGAGCCGUCGUCACGGCGACGCAGCCUCGGCCACGACACGUACAAGUCAUCGGGCCGAAGUUCCCCGGCGGACGCGCGGAGACCGAACGUUCGCGCGCGCGACUUCUCGCCCGGUUCCACGUCGAAGGAGAGGAGAAGAGAGAAACCGGAAGGAAAGUUGGCGAGGAGGGUUCGAGGAUCUCCGUCGUUCUCUCCACUGAGCUGUGAGAGAGCGUCGAGGAGGACUCAGGAGGAGAUGGCGCCACUGAGCGGUGAGAGAGCGUCGAGAAGGAGGCAGGAGGGGACGGCGCAGUGGCAGCGCUCGCUGAGCCGCUCUCGCACAUCGCCACGGUCCGAUCGGUCAGGAAGGAGAUACACCCCGCGGCCGGAAGCGUCCGGGAAACGGGAAUCGCUCGAGCGGGCACGCAGGGUGCGGUCGGCCCGGGACGAUUCUCCUCGCUUCGAAGUCUCCGGGAAGCGAGCGUCGUUGGAGGGAUCGCGGCGGCGGGGACGCUCGGCCUGGGACGAUUCCCCGUCCUCGGACAACUUCCCGAGAUACGAGUCGCCGGCGACCGAAUGGCGAAGGUCGGCAAGGUCGAGUCGCGCCGACUCGGCGAGGUCGUCCACGUCAAGAGAGGGCGCCAGUUGGCGCAACAGCUCGCCAGACGAACCAAGCAGGCAGCUGUCGUUCGUCGGACGCAUGCUGAACAGACGCGCGUCGCCCGACGCGCCUGCGCCGCGCACCGACCCCUCCAGGAGGCGCCGGUCUCCGGCGACACGAGAGCGGGGGCACGAUGGCGGCGAGGCAGCAGCAAGGGACGGCAGACGAGAACACCAGACGCAGCGGCGGGCGUCGCCGGGACCCGAGUCCGCGCGGACCGACGCGCGACGGACAUCGCGCGACGCCGACAGAUCUCAGGCAUCAACGUCGACGAGCCGCACGAACAAAGAGGGCGCCACUGGAGUGACAGAUCUCCGAGCGAAGUUGGACAAGAGGGUGUUGAAGGAGCCGAAAACGGAAAAAUCGAGGGAUGUGGAUCAGGGGGAGAGGCGAUCGGAGGCGAAAACGAAGGCAAAGCUAACGUCUAGGUCCGACAAGGGGGUCAGGGAGGCCACAGAACUAGACCGGAAGAGGAGCAAACACAUGGAUGGUGCUAAAGAGAAGUCUCAGGGCAUAGACAUCAAGCGCAACGAACAACGUAAGAUCCAGAGUGUGGCCGGCUUGAGCAACUACGAACUGGAGGCUUCGGGCGAUGGUAAAACCCGAAGUGAGACUCGGCCGAUCUCUGACAGUGGUACGGACGUACCGAAACGAAGCUCUAAGUCUUCCCGCAGGCAUGAUGCCACAAAAACGAAGCCGAGCAAACCUCGCGCGAACGAUGCAGAUGGCAGCGAGGGGAAAUCGUCACAAGAGUGCACCGCUAGCAAACGUGAGGGUGUGACGGAGGCAUUGGUUCAGUGUCCAGGACUUGGAGAUUCUGCCAAUCUGUUGCAACGGCAUGUCAACCAAAUGUUCGUCAAGGGCGAUAACGUUGUGAUGGUGUCCAUAGCAGAUUGA